AUGACAACGGUCAAUAUCAGUGUAGUUGUACCUAUCCAUAAGUACUUACCUCCUGAAGAGUAUAUGAGUGGAGUGGACGGUUCCCCUGCUACAUUGGGUAUAUGGCCUCUGCCAAAGGGGAAGAGUGUGGAUGUAUUGUACGAAAAAGUGAAAAAGGCGGAAACUGAAUUUGGACAUUGCAAGGUUUAUAAGAAGGAAGAAAUUCCAGAUGAGUACCAUUACAAAAACAAUGAUCGUGUUGCGCCGAUUGUGGUGAUUGCCGAGAAAGGUUGGAUGCUUCUGACAAAUGAAUCUAACCCAUUUACUGGAAGUAUUGUUGGAAAUCAUGGUUACAAUAACUCAAACGCAGAUAUGCAUCCAUUCAUAAUUGCUGCUGGACCUGGCAUCAGGAAAUUAGGCAGAGUGGACCGUUUCUAUCAGGUUGAUGUUUAUGCUCUGGUCCUUCUCCUCUUGAAAUAUUAUAUGCCUGCCGUUGUGGACAGCGAUGUCAUGCGAGUUGCUACCUUUGUGAAGACCAUACCUUCGAUGGAUGUGCUCAAACAGUUCGACAGAUAUGCUAAAGGUCUUGAUCCACUUCCUGAUGCCUCUUCAAUGCUUGAAGCCAACACCUUCUUCAUUCUUGUUCUAUUGCUGGCUAUUCAGUUUAUCUUGAGACACUAA